UGUUCAUGAAUAUGCAUGACAGUGGCAAUAUCUGAUGGGACUUCGGCGAUAAAGAGCUCUUGUCAGGCCAGGUGAAAACAUCGAUCGUAGAAAUAAUAACAUGCAUGUGUUAAAGAGGGGUAUCUCAAAAUAAAUCUAGAUGAAUCGUGUUUAAAAAUGCAACCGUUUUAAAAAGAGAAAGCUUAGAAAGGCGGUCGCUUUCGGAACUCUUUGGAUUCCCAUGAUGCACCGGUUCGACAGGGAUGGAAGAAAAGCAAGGCUGAUAAUUUUUUAUUAAUAUUAUCCUUGAAGAAAAGGGGGAGUUGACUAUAUUGUAUUGUGGAUAUAGAAGAUCUUUGAUAGAAGGCCCUGUUGCUUCCAGAAGGUCGAGAUGCCCCUAAAAGAGCGGUACGUGGCUGCUAUGGUGCUGAGCGGAGUCGGGGAUGCCCUGGGGUACAAGAACGGAAACUGGGAGUUCUGUCACAGCGGAGAAACGAUUCACAAGGAGCUCUCCAGGAUGGGAGGGCUGGAAAAGGUGGAUGUUCGUGACUGGAUGGUGAGCGAUGACACUGUCAUGCACAUGGCUACUGCAGAGGCGCUAGUCAAAGCAGGGAAGGAGCCAGCCAUGCCAGAGCUGUACAGGAAUAUUGCACAGAAAUACAUCGAGUGCAUGGAGGACAUGCAGGGCAGAGCUCCAGGUGCAACGUGUAUAGCAGUGGUUCACAGUCUGAAGCCGAAUGUCCACAAUGGCUGGCGCAUUGCCUUUAACCCCGCAGGAGGGGGGUGUGGGGCUGCAAUGCGGGCAAUGUGCAUUGGCCUGAGGUUCCCAGCGCCCUCCCAGCUGGAGCAGCUGAUAGAGGUGAGCAUCGAGAGCGGCCGCAUGACCCAUCACCACCCUACAGGCUACCUGGGUUCGCUGGCAGCGGCGCUGUUCACCUCCUACGCUGUCAAUCUGAAGCCGCUUGAGGAAUGGGGCCAGGGGCUCCUCCACACUCUGAGUGCAGCGAAACGAUACAUUGAGGAGACAGGGCACUAUGUCAAGGAGAACCUGCAGGCAUGGGACUACUUUGAAAACAAGUGGAUAAACUACCUCAAUGAGAGAGGAAUUCUGGACGGCAAGUCACAGGCCAAGUUUCCUCCCGAGUACGGAGUGAGAGAGAGGGACGCCUUCUAUCGCACCCUGAGUUACUCUGGCUGGGCGGGCAGCAGCGGGCAUGAUGCCCCCAUGAUCGCCUACGACGCAGUCCUGAGAGCUGGCAGCUCCUGGGUGUCUCUGGCCCAUCACGCUUUCUUCCACGGAGGUGACAGUGAUUCCACUGCAGUAAUCGCUGCGUGCUGGUGGGGUGCAAUGCAUGGCUUUGAGGGGGUGCCCAGGAGCAAUCACCAGACACUGGAGUACCGGGACAGGCUGACCAAGCUUGGGGAGAGUCUAUAUGAGCUAUCAAGAAACUAGAUAGAAAUGACAAACCAUUCAAAUGGUUUAGGAGUAAGCAAAAGCUUACUUGAUUGCACUUUUAUUAAAGUGAUUGCACCUGCCAAAAAAAUCCAUAAAUCUCACCUGUUGUGCACUUGUAUUCAUUAAAUAGGUGUUAAAUGUGCCGAAACAAGUUACAGCAAACUUAUUUUUAUUUAAAACUUGGUAGUUCAGACUAGGCUAAAUCUAUUUGCAAGCCAUGCUUUUAGAGAACGUUGCACUUUUCAAUGAUCCCUGAUAUGUAUAUUCUAGCUCUACUUUUUAAGGUUUGGAGUUUUUGGAAGUGGUGCAAUGUGGGGGUGUAAUUUCAGGGAAGGCAGUUGGACGCUUGUAAGUGAAGCGCAUGACAGUUAACAGGUGUGCAGGGAAAUCAGUAGUUUAUCAAAAGCAAAUGUAAUCCGUGUAUUCCAGAGCUGUUACUAUGCAUCUAUCUGACUAUCUGUGGCUUGUAUAACCGAUUGUGAGGAUGUCUGGGCUCCUUAUUCAGUGAAAUAUUAUUCUCUACAAUGUUACUCUGGCAGAAACCUAGCAGCUUUCUGGGUCAAUUAACCUGGAGGGUGAAAUUGUAUCCAGCCCUUCAGUGGCUUGUUUGCCUUCCAACCAGCUGCUUCCCCUGCUGACUGUCAUGCAUUUCAGCCAGUAACAUGCUUUGACACAGAACAUGAGUUACUUUUACUUUUAAAACUCUCAUAUUUCGCUUAAUGGACUUGAAAAACUGUAGCAUGUAAUGAUUCUUCAGUUGUUCAGCAGUGCAUAUCGUUUGCUUUAUCAGGAGGUAACACUUUGAUAAACAAGUGUUUUUAAACAUACCUUGCCUUACAGAUCAUAAUGCUCACUGGGUCUGUUUUUUUACUUGCUGUGUAAUAACCGCUCAUGACUUUAAAUAAAAUUAGAUUUUUGCUUAACUCAA